CAUUUUCCUUUACACAAAAUGUUUUAAUAAUAUAAGAUGUAAAUAUUCAGUUUACUCUAUCUGUUCAAUUACAUGUAUUAUUCAAGUUAAAAAGGGACAUUGGAAACUUUGAAAAUACUUUUAUUGAGAUACUGUUUUUGACGCCGAAUUUAACACAACUAAUCAACCGGCUAUCCUGAAUGACUAACUAGUAGCAGUGAGGGACAACUGACCUAUCAAUCCGAGAUCAGUUUCACGGAAUGAUUGCACAUUGCCCGUGGAUCGAAUCAGCAGCCUCCAGGAGUACACAUCCAAUGUUCUGUGAGCGGAAAUUUCAUAAAAGGAAGAUAACAUUUGUUUGCCAACACACACUAUGAGUAUCCUCCGGAAACAGCCGAAUGUUGUCAUUAUUGGUGCUGGAAUGGCGGGAAUAUCAGCGGCACGACGAUUAGUUGAUGCUGGCUUCAGAAAUGUUCUCAUACUUGAGGCCGCUGAUAGGAUUGGUGGCCGAAUUCACACCGUUUCGUUUGGUGACGGUAAUUACCCUGUUGAACUAGGAGCCAAUUGGAUACAUGCUCCCAAUGCACAGAAUUCAACUUUUCAGAUUGCAGAGGCCAUAGGAGCGUUACAACCGUAUCGAAUUUACAAUAGCAUGAGUUCAAGAUUCUUAAGGGAAGAUGGGGUAGAAAUUCGCAGAGAAAUCAUUAAAGAAGCUUUUCAUAUUUUCAAUCGAGUCCAAGACAAAGUUUACCGGACAAUUAUAAAUGAGCGAACAAAACAUAACCGAAUAAUCACAUUAGAACCGCUUCUAUGUGAAUACCUGGAAAAGGAAUUGCAAAAUGUUAAAGCAGACGGCAGUUACAUACAGGAUAUGCAAAAAGCAUUGAAAGCAAUGAUGAAUUUUAGAAGGUGUUAUGAAGGUGAUGAACUUGACCGAAUAACCUGGGAAAAGCCUGAAGAGGAGUACAACAUAACAGAAGGCGGAGAAGUUCACAUCCCGGGCGGAUAUUGCCAGAUAUUAAAUCAUAUCAUGAAAUUAAUUCCAAAGAAAUCACUCAUGUUGAAAAAGGAAGUAGUUGAAAUAUUAUGGAAUAGUGAAAUAACCGAAAUUAAAACCAGAGAUGGGUCAACAUUCAAAGCAGAUCAUGUUAUUGUGACGUCAUCAAUUGGUUACUUGAAAAAGCAUCACGAAACCCUUUUCAACCCGAAACUUCCUCAAAUCAAUAUUGAUGUACUGACCUCACUAGAACUAGGACGGGUGAAUAAAAUAUUUUUGGAAUUUGACCAACCAAUUCUAGCACCAACUUAUCAUAGUGUAGCAUUUACUUGGGAUGACACGACCAUUGAAAAUAUUCAGAAUGACUGGUAUAAGCGUAUAUUUGGUUUUGAACAAAUAUUCACAAAGAACAACACUCUUCUUGGGUGGAUUGCUGGUGACGCUGCAGAGUACAUGGAAACACUGUCAAACGACGAAAUUGGUAAAAUUUGCGCUGAACUUCUUCGUAAAUUUUUGGGCAAUAGAAAUAUUCCAAACCCAAAGGCAGUUUUAGUUUCAAGAUGGUGUAGUAAUCCGUACGUGCUUGGAGCGUACUUUCACCAGACGAAAAGAAUGAUUCCAGGGGAACAGGUGAUAUUUUCUGAACCGAUCACGACGCCGUCUGGUGGACCUGUUAUAUUAUUUGCAGGUGAAGCGUUAAGUAAUUGCUGUACACAUGGAGCACGGGAUUCCGGAAUUCAACAGGCAGAGCGACUAAUAGACCUGUAUAUGAAAAAGAAUAUUGAUGGUACCUUUUAACAUUUACCCCUUCUGAAGCAACAACAUCACAAUUAUCCUUUAUAUGGAUCAACGUGUUAUACAUGUUUAAUGCAAUAAACGAGUUCUCCUCAAUUCAACCACUAUAUGCAUUUUCAUUGUCAAAUAUUUUGCCAAGAAACAUAAAAUAUCAAUAAACAAUAUUGAUUUAAUUAUGAUGCAUUAAAUCACUAAACUUUUAAUCUGCCAUGAAUUUCUUUAUGUCAAAUGUGUUUUUAGAAUGUUUUUUUACUGAGAUCACAAAUACAGAACAUUGGGAUGGCGGAAACACGCGUGUGUUAAUAGAUACAACUAAUAACAAAUGAAUCACAAAAAAGACACAUUGCUGUAGUAAAUAAUGAGAAACCUGAAAUAUAAUUUGAUCUAUAUAAGUCAAAUUCAACGCACUGCGAAAAACAUACGGGACUACGGUAUACGGCAUUGUUUAUGCAAUAUACGGGCGUGUAAAGAAUAAAAACCCGUAUACGGACAUUCAAUGCUAUACUAUAGAUAUUCGUACAUGGAACAUACGUAUUAUCAUGUAUAUUUUAGAUAUACAGAAGUUGUACGGAAUUGUAUUUCCGAUAUAUACGGAGGAUACACGGAUGUGUAUUUUUAGAUAUACAAAAGAAAUACGAAUUGCAUUUCCGAGAGAUACAAAAACAUUUAAAGAAAAUAAUUGUUUUAAUGUAUAGGAAUAUUAGUUUUUUAAGCUGUACAUGACGCAAUCACGUAAUAUAUAUGUAACGCACGGGAUGUACAUGUAUAUUCACGACAUAUACGGAGAUAUUAUUUUUCAAGGGUACGGAAAUUAUCACAACACGUAAUAGUUAUUGUACAUGAAACGAGUUAGUUACGAGGAUAUAACACUGGCUGGGGCGACAUCAAGGAGUGUUUUACAAUAUUUUUUGCAGAAACAUCCCGAGAUGUAUAUAUCAAUACAGUUUUAAAAUGCUGAUUGAAGUGUACUGAGUAUAAUGGGUUAGUAAGAACAAAGGAAAAGUUCCAAACCAUGCGAUAAAUAAUCGACACGUAUACAUGACUAAAAUACAAACUUGUAUAUUUUCUAUAUACAAAGUGAAUGGGAACAGUAUAUUCAUUUACUUGAUGAUUUUAUCUUUAUACUUGGAAAACCUAAUUUCAAUUGAGCAUAUUAACAAUCUGUAUAAAUACAUUUAUAUACAAACAAAAUAAACAUAUCUACUCUGCA